CUGCAGGACGUGGAGAUCCUAAAUAUAAAUGAAAAUCCUGAGGUUUGCAUACGCUAAUCCUUAACAGUGAAACUUCAGCGCUGUCCUACAGAACAUAACAAAAGUAUACCUGUUGGCCUUUCACAUGGAUAAUUACAACAGUGACGAGGACACUGACUUUGACACCCAGUUCGUUAUUCAAGAGAGUUUACAGGAUUUUUAUAAGCCAGGAGCAAUACAACAUGCACCUGAAGAUGAGAGCUUUCAUUCCUUUUUGGGUGCCAACUAUGAGAGGAUUCUUCAAACAAUAGAGGCAGGUGAGGAAGAUGCACUGUCGCACUUAACCAAGUACCAUUCUGCUUUUGGUGAAGCAGAUGGCAGAGGCUGGAUUCCUCUGCAUAAGGCUGCUGUACAAUUAAAUAAAAACAUUUUAGAAAUAACCCUGAAAGCUUCAAAACCCAGAUUAUGGGAGCAAACCACACACAAUGGUGAAACGCCACUUUUUCUGGCUGUCAGCAGUUGCCUCUUAGAAAAUGCCAGCUUUCUUCUUCUCAAUGGCUGCAAUCCAAAUGCUAAGAAUUUUGAAGGCAAUUCUCCUCUUCUUACAGCUGUUCUACAUGACUCCUAUGACAUGGCUGCCUUGCUGGUCAGUCAUGGAGCAGAUGUUAAUCUGCGAUGUGCCAAUGAGAGGACAGCCCUCCAUGAAGCAGCCAAGCUAGGCAGACUGGACUUGGUGAAGCUGAUGCUGGUUUCUGGGGCACAUCCUGACUCACGGAGCUCCUACGGAUUCACUCCUCUUGCUCUUGCUGCCCAAGGUGGACACACCAAAAUCAUGGAAUUAUUACUGCAGAAAGGUGCUAAUGCUCACAGUCAGGCCUCUGAUUCUUCUUCCAUCUUACUUGAAGCUGCAAGAGGAGGAAAUCCAGACUCUCUGACUCUCUUGCUAGAGUACGGAGCUGAUGCCAACAUCCCUAAGAAUUCAGGACAUCUGCCCAUUCAUGUGGCAGCUGACAGAGGUCACUUAUUAGCUCUGAAGAUGUUGGUUCCAGUUACGGACCUCGCUGCCAUCAAGCAGAGUGGGAUCAGUCCAGUUCACUGCGCAGCAGCAGGAGCACACCCUCAGUGCCUGGAACUUCUCAUCCAGGCUGGAUUUGAUGUGAAUUUCAUGCUAGAUCAGAGAAUUCGCAAACACUAUGAUGACCAAAGGAAGUCAGCUUUGUAUUUUGCUGUAUCAAAUGGUGACCUCUCUUCAGUUAAGCUGCUUCUGAGUGCUGGAGCACUACCCAAUCAAGACCCAGUUAACUGCCUACAGAUAGCUCUCAGGAUGGGCAACUAUGAGCUGAUAAGUCUGCUCCUGAGGCAUGGGGCCAAUGUCAAUUACUUCUGUAGAGUUAACCCUUUGCAUUUCCCAUCAGCACUGCAAUACACAUUGAAAGAUGAAGUCAUGCUCAGGAUGCUGUUGAAUUAUGGGUAUGACACAGAGCGAUGUUUUGACUGUCCUCAUGGGGACAAAGUUCAACCUUUUUAUACUUUUGAAGGCUGGACACCUACAGUUAUUAAAGAUACUAUGUUCUGUGAAGUAAUAACUUUAUCAUGGCUGCAACAUCUCUCUGGGCAAGUAAUUCGAGUUAUGCUUGAUUAUGUUGAUCAAGUUCGGAUCUGUUCAAAGUUGAAAGCUGUGCUCCAAAAACAGGGCCUCUGGUCAGAAAUACAUUUUAUCUUGACAAACCCUCGCUCCCUCAAACAUUUGUGUCGUCUAAAGAUCCGGAAAUGUAUGGGACGUUUACAUUUGCGCUGCCCAGUCUUCAUGUCGUUUCUUCCAUUACCCAAUCGUCUAAAAGCAUACAUCCUUUACAAAGAAUAUGACCUUUACGGACAAGGAAUUUUUACAGGAACCUGGUAAUCUAUUCUAGAGGAAAAGGACAACAAACUGCCCCUCACUACUGGCUUGGUUUGGUCUACUGGAAGCAGCUAUCAACCGACUUUGUUCUUCCAAGUCCUAGUGGAAAAGAUAAAAAAGAAACUAAGUUAAUUGUCUGCAGUCAAAUGGAAACCUAUGCAGUUAAAAUACAUGCCUGAGAGCCACUUCAAUCCUGUCAUAAAUAUGUAUGCAUAAUUCUGGCAACUUUAAUCAAUGCAACACCAAAGUGAUUUUGGCACCAGUCUAGAAAUCCUAUAAAAGCCAACAUUCAAACUAAAAUCUCUCUUUUUUUUUUUUUUUUUGCCCAACAACCAA